AUGGAAGAUGAGAGCCUAAGCAUAACCAGCUGCUUUGCAUGGUUAAAAGGUUGGGCUACAUGCCCUACACAUACCAUCGCGGGCAUGUAUGAAUUGUAUGAGCAGUUGUUACCUACGAAGCUCUACACAAAGGAGAAGACGCAAACCUCCACCGACGGCGAAGUUCUAUGCAGGUUAUCUGGGAAGGUGGCUGAGAGCGUUGCACAUGUACUGGUUGGAUGUUCCUCCCUGGCACAAACCAAGUACCUAUACAGGCAUAAUGCAGCUUUGAAGAUUCUGUUUUUUGAGCUCCUGCGAGAGCAUGGGUUAAUGGAAGAGGGUUGUGCCUAAAUCAUACCGUCCAAAAGGACAGCCGAGGAGUACUAGGAAGGAGUUUCCGAUUCGGGCCGACUUAACAAAGGUUUUGGCCGACUUCGGAAAUUCUCGAAAACAUCCAAUAUGGCGGCUCAAGUGUGGUAAAAACUGACAGCCAAAGGAGCCGUUUUAUCGCCAGAGAAGCGUGACUUACGGUAUUAUUGACGAAGUUUGCGUUUAUUGUGACUUUUGCAGAGUUCGUGGACCUUUAUAGUAAGCAAUCCUCUAAGAAAUGUCUUAUCAAUUUGUCUUGUCCCGCUGGCCGGUAUUACCGAAGAAAAUACAGGACCUGAACAAUAGAUGAAAUCAAUAAUCGAUGGCAAUCAAUAACAAUCGAUGACAAUCGAUAUAAAUUAAUCGAUUGAUAUUGAUAAUCGAUGGACAAUCGAUCAUGAAAAUUUUUGUGAUUAUUGAUUAUCAUCGAUUAUCAAUAUCAAUCGAUAAUCGAUUGGAAUCAAUCAAUAGAUUGUUAUCAAUAUGCAAUAUCUCUUGAUAUCAAUCGAUUACCUAUGCAGUCAAACAUUUCAAUUGUCAAUUUCAUCUAGUACUAAUAAAGUUACACAUUUUGAUAUCAUUGCUUGAGUAAAAACUAGCGAGUAGCAAUGCGUAAACUUGUUUAUUUGCCCACACGUUUCGCGCGAGUUUAAAAUUCAGCGAAACGUACUACAGAUUUGUGUGUAAGAAAAACGAACCCCACUGUUAUGCUUUAACGAAACAGCUGGCAAAUUAGGCAAAUUAGGCAAUCAAUGGCAAUCGAUGAAGUUCGCGACCCCCUAAGUGUGAUUAUCGAUUGAUUAUCGAUUGGCCGAUGCCAAUUUUUAUGUAGUGUAUACGAUGCUAAUGCAAGCGCGUAGAAGCGAGAGAAUGAAUGUGAUGUAGUACACACGGGAAUUAUGUAAUUUGCAUGUACUAUAGAUAGCGUGUGUUGUAAUUUAUUCGAGUCAGUUAGCGUUCUGAGUUCGGAGUGUAACGGUCGUGAAUAAAGUGUGUUUUAACCUAACCGCGGUACUACAUUGGCGACGAGGAUAUUUCGAGGAUAUUUCGAGGAUUUCGCCGAGGGUUUCAAGAGUUUCGUUGAAAAUUUCGCUGUGGAUUUCGUCGAGGAUUUCGUCAAGGAUUUAUUUCAGCGAUGCCGGGAGGCGGUGGAUCGGGCGAAACUAACGCGACAAGCGGUACUACGAGCGGUGCUGUUGGCGGUUCUGGGAUGACUUCUGUUACUUUAGAUGUCAGUGGAUUGGAACCAUUUAAUCCAAAAGGAGAGGCGCACAAUUUAAGUCAGCGAUGGAAGAAGUGGAAGCGAGCGUUCAGUUUGUAUGUGACCGGGAAAGGUGUAUCGAACGACGCUCAAAAACGUGCUUUGCUGUUGCAUGUCGCUGGUAUGGAUGUGCAAGAAAUUUAUUUCACACUAGCUGGUGAGGGUGGAGAUGCAAGUUUUGAAGCAACGUUAAAGGUGUUGGACGACCAUUUCGUGCCAAAGGCGAACAUUCCCUUUGAGAGACAUUUGUUUCGACAAAUUUCGCAAGGGAUCGGAGAGACAGUUGAUCAGUUCGUUUGUAGAUUGCGUCAGCGAGCAGCGACUUGUGAUUUUGGCGCCGGCGAGGAUGACUACAUUCGCGAUCAGCUCAUAGACAAGUGUUAUUCGAGCCAUUUACGCCGGAAAUUUCUGGAAAAGGAAGGAACUGUUACGUUAGAUGAGUUGUUGCGUGUUGCAAGAUCCCAAGAAGCGGUUGAUCGACAACUGAAGCAAUACAGUACCGACCAAGCAGAUAACCAGGUCAAUGCAGUGGGUGGCAGGCUGUAUGGAAACAAAAAUCCCAGGAAAGCGAAGACGUGCUUUAGCUGCGGACAAGAAGGACACUUCAGUCAAGACAAAAAGUGCCCGGCGCGUGGUCAAACUUGCAGGAAGUGCGGCGAAACAGGCCAUUUCAAAGUUAAAUGCCCUCGACUCCAUCAGCUAAGCAGGACCCAUUCGGGAUCUAGAGGACCUGAGAGUAGCAGAGGCGGACGCGGCAGAGGAGGCAGGAGUGCUGGUGGACUGGGUCGAGGUGGACGCGGACGCGGAGGGCGAGAGACGAACCUCGUGACUGGAAGACCUAGCCCUGGAGAAGAAGACAAAGGAGAUUUCGCUACACCAGGCCAUUCGCAAAGACCCGAUUAUGCCUUUUCAGUGGAACAGGUGAAUGAUCGCAAGGAACAAAGGAGCGCUUUGGUAACGCUGGUCAUUGGUGGUGUAGACGUACCCGAUGUUCUCAUUGAUUCGGGAGCUUCAUGUAAUGUUAUGGGCCAGCAGACCUGGGAGUUGUUAAAGCAAAAGGGGAUUAACUGUGAAUCUCGCAAAUCUGCAAAGGAACUUUUUGCUUAUGGUGGUACAGAACCUUUACCGACCCUAGGAACGUUCACGGCAGAUGUCACGCUGGCUGGGUUUGAAAACGGAAGUAAUGCUGAUUUUGUGGUGGUUGAAGGCGAUGGUCGCACGCUGUUGGGCCGAGAGACUGCCGAGGCGCUAAACCUGUUGCGUAUUGGUCCUUUUCAGACAAACAGUGUUGACGGUGGGCGAUCGGACGGGGAUGUCAGAGAGAAAUACAAGCACUUGUUUAGUGGUGUUGGUCUUUUAAAGGGCUACGAGCUUAAGCUACACAUUGAUGAGUCAGUGAAGCCUGUAGCGCAGCAUGUACGCAGGAUACCGUUCGGGUUACGCGAGAAGGUGGAUGCAAAGCUGGAUGAACUUUUGGAGCUUGACAUUAUAGAGGAAGUGCCGGAGGGGCCGUCAGGAUGGAUUUCGCCGUUGGUGGUGGUUCCCAAAAGCGGUGGCGACGUAAGAGUCUGUGUUGAUAUGCGUCGUGCAAAUGAAGCAAUCGUCCGAGAGCGUCACCCAAUUCCAACCGUUGAGGAGCUGUUACACGACUUGAAUGGCAGUACGGUGUUCAGCAAGAUAGAUCUCAAGUGGGUUUUCACCAGAUUUUACUCAGUGAGGAAAGUCGCCACAUCACUACCUUUGUCACGCAUCGAGGGCUUUAUCGUUACAAGCGGUUGAUGUUUGGCGUAACGUCGGCGCCGGAGAAAUAUCAGCAGAUCAUUAGAGAUGUGUUAAGGGGUUGUGCUGGGGUUGCGAACAUUGCGGACGAUCUCAUUGUUCAUGGGUGUGACGUGGAGGAACAUGACAAGCGUCUUUUGCGGUGUUAGAUAGGCUGAGUGAAGUGGGGUUGACGGUGAACGGAGACAAGUGCGAGUUUAGAUUGUCAAGGCUUACGUUCUUUGGUCACGAGCUGACUAGUGACGGCAUAAACCCAUCCGAAGAGAAGAUUGCUGCUAUAAGAGAUGCUAGAUCUCCCAAAGACGCAAGUGAAGUGCGAUCGUUUAUGGGUCUUGUCCAAUAUUCCGCUAAGUUCAUGCCUGACGUGGCGUCCGUGGCCAAGCCUAUUCAAGAGUUAACCAGGAAGGGCAUCGUGUUUCACUGGGGUAAAGAGCAGCAAACAGCCUUUGAGGAACUGAAGCGUCUAAUCACCCAGGCAGAGACACUGGCUUAUUUUAAGGUUGGCUGCAGAACGCGAAUCAUUGCCGAUGCGUCUCCAGUUGGAUUAGGAGCGGUUCUCACCCAGCAGCAGGGGGAAUGUGGAGAGUUGUCUCCUACGCGUCGAGGAGCCUAACUGACGUGGAACGACGCUACAGCCAAACAGAGAAGGAGGCACUUGCCUUGGUCUGGGCGUGUGAACGGUUCAACAUGUACGUUUCCGGACAGAGCUUCGAGUUGGAAACAGAUCACAAGCCUUUAGAGCGUGUCUACUCGCGCACUUCAAAGCCUUGCGCCCGAAUAGAGAGAUGGGUCUUAAGACUACAAGGGUACGAUUUUAAAGUGGUGUACCGCCCAGGGAAGACAAAUAUAGCCGACGCGUUGUCCCGUUUGAACUCCUUGGAUCAAGUGGACCAUGGAGAAGACUACGACUUUGUCAGAGCCAUUGCUAUAAGCUGUAUACCCGUUGCUCUAUCACCUACAGAAAUUGAAGAAGCUUCCUAUUUUGACGAAGAAUUGACGAUAGUAAAGAGUUGCGUGAGGUCAGGGGACUGGGACCGGUGUACACUUCCCUCGUAUGCACAAGUCAAGGACGAAUUAUGCGUCUAUGGUGAGCUAUUGCUUCGCGGCACAAGGAUUGUGGUUCCCAAGCUCCUGCGCGACAGGGUGGUGCGGCUGGCACACGAAGGGCACCAGGGUAUAGUGAAGACGAAGUAUCGGCUCCGUAGUAAAGUUUGGUGGCCGGGAAUGGACAAGGAAGUUGAGAAAUUUUGUAAAGUUUGUCAUGGCUGCCAGGUCACUUCUGGAUUUAACCCUCCUGAGCCGAUGUCCCGCGUUCUUCCUCCAAGCGCUCCUUGGCAGGAUUGUGGAGCAGACCUGCUGGGACCCCUACCCACAGGAGAGAGUAUUUUGGUGGUGAUCGAUUACUACAGUCGUUUCUUAGAAGUUGCUAUUCUGAAGUCUACUACAAGUGCCAAGGUCAUCGAAGCACUUGCACCCAUGUUUGCCAGAUUCGGUUUUCCGUUCUCUUUAAGGACAGAUAAUGGGCCCCAGUUCGUAUCCGAAGAAUUUGAAGCAUAUUUACGCGCAAAUGGUAUUGAGCACAGGAAAACGACGCCGUUGUGGCCUCAAGCUAAUGGAGAGGUGGAACGCCAAAAUCGCUCGUUACUUAAAUGUCUACAGAUUGCACAUUUAGAAGGAAAGAACUGGAGAACUGAAUUGCUUGUAUGGUUGAUGGCGUACAGAUCCACUCCGCAAACGACGACGGGGACUACCCCCUGUUACAUGAUGUUUGGCCACGAGGUUAGGUCCAAAUUGCCAGAGUUAAGGAGAGAGACGGUCGGAGUGCCAGGCGAAGAGGUGCGAGAGCGGGAUUGGUCAAGUAAAUUAAAGGGCAAAGCUUAUGCAGAUCUCAAGAGAGGUGCCACGCCCAAGAGCAUACGUGUUGGUGACACAGUACUUUUGAAAGCCGAGAAAACGAACAAGCUGUCUACCAACUUCAACCCUGCUCCUUUUAAGGUGGUUCAGAGGACAGGAACAGAGGUAACGCUUAGGAACGAAGCUGGUGUGCAACUGAAAAGGAACACUGCGUUCGUAAAGAAGUACAACGAGCACAAUGGUGUAUCCAAUGGCAACGAAGACCAAGUGGUAGAAGCAAGUUCUACAGUACAGACAGAUGAGCCAGGGCCAAGCAGAGUUCCGGAGACGACAGAGGUAUCAGGGCCAAGCGGAAUUCCAGGGACUACAGGAGUAUCUGAAAAUUCCCAAGUACAAGCUGGGCAUUCUACCGAAAAGGAAGAUAACGCAGCGGAAAGGCCUGUGCGGAGGUCGACCCGAACUAUAAGACAGCCUGCGCGCUAUAAAGACUUUGUCCUGGAUGUUUAGGACUUCUUCUUUUUUGUCUAGUUUAAUUCAAAGACUUUGUUUUGCUGAACAUUUAGGGUUUUUGCAGCCUUUUAAAACUGCCUUCCUGCUAAAUUUGAUCAAAGAAGGGAAUGUAGUGUAUACGAUGCUAAUGCAAGCGCGUAGAAGCGAGAGAAUGAAUGUGAUGUAGUACACACGGGAAUUAUGUAAUUUGCAUGUACUAUAGAUAGCGUGUGUUGUAAUUUAUUCGAGUCAGUUAGCGUUCUGAGUUCGGAGUGUAACGGUCGUGAAUAAAGUGUGUUUUAACCUAACCGCGGUACUACAAUGCUAAUCAACAAUAAUUAAUCGAUUGUCAUCGAUUGAUCGAUUGAUUUUCCGAUCAUCGAUUUUCAUUGAUUGUUCAGGUCCUGAAAAUAGUACCGGUCAACGGGACAUCCUAAAUUAUAGCAACAUUUGUUGGCAUGUACAUCACCUCUAGCUUUCAUUGCUAAACUGUGUUGUAGAACUUGAUUUCUUUAGGUUUCUAAAAGCUUAGGAUAACUCUUUAGGAAUAUUUUUAUUCAUAAAAGUGGCCCUAUCCUUUUGGCCUGUAUUAUCCUAGGAAGUAGCACCGCCAGUAGCAGGACAUCCUAAACUAUGUCAGCAGUUGGUUGCAUGUAUUACAUUACAUGCAGCUUGUUAUUGUUACAUUGUAAUACAUACUUUGCUCUCUAAAGGCUUUUUCCUACCAGCUGGGGACAGCUGAACAAAGAUAGUUUUUUUUCAUUCCUUGUUGUUGUAAUCACCUAAGAAUGUCUACCCAGGGGGGCACUCUAUAGGGACUACUCAGGUAUAACAGUGAUGGGGAAGUGCAAAACCCUUUUUCUGGUUUGACAUUUGAAAUCCAAGGAUAACCGAACAGGAGUGACUUUUAUUCUUGAAAAUUGUCUUGUACUUUUGAAUGGUAUAAGCUAAGAAAAUAGUACCACCCACCUAAAUUAGCUCAGCAAGCUUGUAGGGGUGAUGAAUGGUCCAUUAAAAUUUUUAACUGCUCGCAAAAUUUUACCUUUGCUCGAUUUGCUCACAAAAUUUAAACGAGUGCUCGCUUGCUCGUGCUCCCCGAGUUUUUGCAGUUGCUCGCAUGCUUGCUUUCUUGUCAGUAUUGCUCAAAAUUUUGUAAAUCCUUCUUUGGGUUAAAGUAAAUGUAGUUCUCUAUGGUGCUUAAUUCCUAUAGAUAUGGCUAUUAAGUUCAGUGGAAAUGCGUGCGGCAAUAAAUGACAACGGUAAAUAAAUUACCUAAUCUAGCUAUAUAUGGUUAAAAAGAGAAGAUAUUGUUACCUUUAAUUCUUCUGAGUUUCUCUACCGCUCUACUCACUGGGCUUUAAUUAGGCUGUGUUUUCAAUAAAACGGUUUGGAAGCUUUAGGAUUCUUCCAGAAGAGGUUGUUCUUGUUUGAGUUGAAAUGCUCGAUGAGAAGAGUCACCAAAGCUUUCACAUUUACCUUGCUCAAGUAAUCUCAAUGUGCAGCUUCUAUUUCACAUUGAAUUCAUUUUAAAGCCUCCAGGGUCAUUCUUGUUCCCGAAAUAGUCUCGGAGGAUGGAACACCAUGGGGGCCUUCCACAGAAGUUCUGCCACUGUUUUAAAAAACCCAUUUUAUAAUAUUUUCUGUUUUGUUUAAAAAAAAAGGAUUUCCAUAUGGAUUGCUGCAAGCGGAAAAUAUAAGAAGUGCUCGCUGCUUGCGAGUUGUACUGUCUAAGCUGCUUGCAAAGCAAAUUUUUUAUCUCUGCUUGUGCUUGCAAAAAAAUCGCAGUGUUUGCAUGCUCGCAAAGACCAUUCGUCACCCCUGCUUGUGUUAAAUUUGUCAUGGUUUAUCAACAUUGGAAAAAUGUUUUGAAAGUUAAUUAUUUAUCUCAGGUAAUUUUCGUUUUUCUUUUGUUUUGGGGUAUGGUAAUGUAUGAUAAUGACAUUGAAACAAAUGGAAAACAAAAAUUACCUGAGAUAAAAAAUUAAUUUCCCCUUUAUAUUUCUUGUGUUACUCAAUUAUUAAGGAACACAAUGAGUUUGGAGUUGCUUUCAACAAUAAUUGGUUGUACAUGUGUAAGUGUUCGGAUCCAGGAGGGGUGGAUUUUGAUAACAUUUACUUCAUGUAAGACUUCACAUAAUUCCCUUAGGUGGCUGGGUCAAUUUGGGGGCAGGGUGGAGGAGGGGUGGUGGGGGUAGUGGGGCUGUUGACAGUGGGGAAGGGGGAAAGUGAAAAAUGGAGAGUCUCCAGAAUCUACAACCGAGGUUGGCAUUUUUGCUUUCCUUGACAAGCAAUUUCCCAUGCUGCCAAGGUAGGUAGGUUUUUGGGUAUGGUAAUGUAUGAUGAGUUUGAAACAAAAGAAAAGAAAAUUUAGACCAAAGAUAAUAUUGAACCACAAUUUCAGUAUGGAGAGGAGGUGAGGGGGAGAAAAAAAAAAAACUUUAUUACUUUCCAAAUUCUGGCUUUUCAAAUUAAUUACAAUAUUCAAUAAAAUAUGUAAAACUAUAAAAUAAUAAGAAAUGAUUAAAAUCGUAUGUAUAUAACAAGAUUUAACAAGGCAAUAUAUUUACAACAAAGCUUCUAAAAUUCUCUUUAUAAAUGGCGCAUAAGUUCCUUUUUGAAUUGAUACAAGGUUUGUAAGCUCAGUGAGCCUUUCGGGUAAGGAAUUCCACAGUGAAACUGCUCGAUAAUGGAAGGUUCUUUGGCCUGUGGCCGUUCUGUACCCUGGAAUGUCUAUCUUAUUCUUUUUCCAUUUGUCUUUAUUGUGGAUUUCAGGCCUCUUUUUGAACUUCUUAGCAGGAUAGUCAGGGGCCAAUCCCCUUAAACACUUAAAAACCAGUAUGCAAUCCCUGUAGAUAAGCAUGGAUUCGACGGACAACCAUUUCAGUUCUGUAAGAACAGUGGUAAUGUGAUCAAAUUUCUGCAAACGGGUUAUAAUCCUAGUUGUGAAGUUUUGGACAUUCUGUAAUUUGUUGAUAUUCUUCUUUGUUGUACUAGACCAGAUGGACGAACAAGUUUGCUAGAGACCAGUGCAUUGAUAACGUUUAAUAGAGUGUUUCUGUCCAAAAGAUGUUUUUUACCCUAUUAAUUUGACUUAAACUUGACAAGCAAGAAGAUGUAAUACUUGUAAUAUGUCCAUCAAAACUCAUUGUAGUGUCCAUAUGCACUCCAAGGUCCUUCACUGAAACAACCAGACACAACUCUUUCUCCAGUAAAGUAACAUGCAAAUCCAGAUCUGCAGGCGUAAUUUGAAGCAUUUGAUGGGUGCGAAUUAAAAGCAAUUUCAUCUUAUCCGGGUUAAUCUGAAGGCUCUUUUGGCAGCACCAUGCGGCAACUUUCCUCAGAUCUUUGGUUGUAUCUUUAUAUCUUUAGAAUAGUUGCUCUUGUCACAAAAAAGGUCAAACAGUAAAUAGAUAAGGGAUAUUUUCAUGAACUUUUUUAAAAUAAUUUUAAACAAUUUUUAAGAGUAAAAUUUAAAAAGAUUUUUAAAAAAUGAGAAAAUUAUACUGCUGUCACAAUCUAUUACAACUACAGGGUAUGAUUUGUUUUGAUAGUGCCAGCUAGAGAGGACAGCCAACUGUACCAACCUUUUUAUGCUGAGUUGUUAUUACUGACCAGUCAAACAACACACAAAUAAUGAGGACAGUUAAUAAACAUGAUUCUAUAAUAAUAAAUAAUAACAACAACAACAAUAACAAUAAUAUUUAUGUAAAAGAUUUGAACCCAGGAGUUAUUUCAAAAGUAGGUUGAGUUUGAUCGUCCGGGUUAACAUAGUCCUGAAUAGGACUGUUGUUGUUGACAGUGACUGACGUUUCGACAACCUGUGCGGAAGUCAUCUUCAGAGUCAAAGUGAGUUGUAUCAUGUCAGUUGAUGGUAAUACCGGCCAAAAGGACAGGGCCACUUUUAAUCAAUCAAUCAACAACUUUAUUUAAGUGUCUAGUCUUCUAGCUUGCCGUCAGGCCUACUAAUCGGGGACACUACUUAAAUAACUUAUUAAUAACAGGGCUCAAAAUAUUGGCCGGUCAACGGACAAUGUGCGGCCUGAUCGUGGGCUUGACCGGUCAAACUCUCGUCUCGCCGGUCAUUUUGACCGGUCAUUUUUGGAUGCUUGUCCCUUAAUGUGUUUUGCCCUAUAAUGCUGUAAUUCGCUGCUUUGGCUUUUUUUGCUGCUUUGCACUAAACCCUUUAAAGAAAAAUGUUCUGCUUUGCUGUGAUCAGUAAUGCAACCUUCUUGGGGAAAACAUACGCUAACAAUAACCCGUUAUUUUUUAGACUACUAAAGGAUGAGUGACAGUUUUUGUCCAUCAAACAUUUCACAUCUACUUGUAAGAGGAUUGUGAAAAUCACCUUCAACGGAAUUCGGGCUAAUCGAUCGCUCGUCCUGUACUGUUUCUCUGGGAAUAAAUUUCAGCGCAUCGAUUAAUUAUAAAAUUUCUUUAUGUCGAACAUAAUCUCGUUUGCAGACUCGAUUCCAGAAUUGUCUGAUAAAAACUUAGGCCCGGUUCAAACGUCGAAUUUCACAUGUGCCGAACUUAACGCGAGAGUUAAAUGCAUGUGAAGUGCGACGUUUGAAUCAAUUAAAUUCGACAGUUUAAAUUAAAUGCGACGUUUGCCGUAUCUGCGACUGAAACAGUCGAAGAUUCGACUUGGGGUCGACUUUUGAUUCAAACGUCGCAUUUCACAUGUGCCAAACUUAAUGAAUGAAUUUUAGUAAAUUAUUAUUAUAUUACUGAGAAUAUUGACAGCGAAGAGAGCUAAAUUCGACAGAGUUCAGUGAGAUAAAUUCGACGUUUGAAUCAAAUGCCGUAUUUAACUAUUUUAGUCGACUAAAAUAGCAAUUAAAUUCGGCACAUGUGAAAUUCAACGUUUGAACUGGGCCUAAGCUAAUCGAGAAUGAACGUCACCUAUCUCUGCUAUCUCGGCGCUUAAAAUCCUUCUUCUUGAUAAGCGGUUCGCGAUAAAGUGUUGCGCGACGACCCAAACGAAAGCUCUGCUGUAUAUUUAUUGACUUCUGAUGACGAAUACGCUGUUUGUGGAACAAAUUUCUUGCCAAAUCAACUUCUUUGCCGCAAAUAUUUAGCGACGAAAUUCUUCUUUGUGGAGGAGACUUUCGAUCACGUGCCGGGCAACGAAAAGGAUCAAGUUUCACCGAUAUGCAGAUAUAGGACCAACCUUGAAGACUUCCGACACCGCCGUACGAUGAUACUGAAGGUAUAUAUAAACGGACAUAAAACGGGCGAAAAUCGCGGAGAGGAACUCAACAACGUGGGAAUGAAUUUUUCAUCAACUUGCCGGCAAAAACCCGAACGACAAUGCCGUACUGCCAGUGUAAUUCGAUAUUCCAUGGGCAAAAAAAUAAUUAUAAUAUUCAUUAAUUUGACCGGCCAAAAUCGGGGUUUGUCCGGGCUAAAAAAUAUUUGGCCGGUCAUCAUGACCGGCGACCUGCUGUCCGUUAUUUUGAGCCUUGAAUAAGAAAUAUAUAUACAUAAGACUAUAAGCCAAUAAGAUUUAACUAUUCCAAAACUAGUUAAAAGAUACACGAUAUUCAAUAUACUUCGAAAAUGUACCUGUGUAAUAAAUAAGAAAAAACUAUAUAUACAAUUUCAUAAUAUAUCAACUCUACCAGUUAUGAUAUUUCCUGUUUAUGAAUUGUGAGUCACACAGGUGGCACCCUUUGCAUGCGUUAUUACUAACCAAUUUGCUCAGAUCUUUUCUCCUUAUAUUUGCUUUACACCUGCUUUUGACCAUAAAAAUGGCCCAAAAAAUCUGAGGGAAUGCUUUCCAUAUUUAAAAGUUUUUACCCUUUGAACGUGAAAGUCCGAGUUCCUCAGGUUGUAGUUCGAAGGCGAUGACGAGAAGAGUUCUAGUAUGUUGUAAGGCAGUAAUCUAUUCCUUAUUUUGAACAUAAAGAGAGCGAUAUCUUGUAAUCUCAUGUUAUAUAAAUAAAAAUAUUCCUAAAGAGUUAUCCUAAGCUUUUAGAAACCUACAGAAAUCAAGUUCUACAACACAGUUUAGCAAUGAAAGCUAGAGGUGAUGUACAUGCCAACAAAUGUUGCUAUAAUUUAGGAUGUCCCGUUGGGCGGUACGACAUUUAUAAAAGGAUUGCUCACUGUACAGGUCCAAGAACUCUGCGAAAAGUCACAAUAAACGCAAAAUUCGUCAACAAUACCGUAAAUCACGCUUCUCUGGCGAUAAAACGGCUCCUUUAAUUGGCUGUCAGUUUUCACCGGCGUUUUCACCACGCUUGAACCGCCAUAUUGGAUAUUCGAGAAUUUCCGAAGUUGGCCCUUAAGUCGGGCCCAAUCGGAAACGCGUUCCUAGUUCUCCUCGGCUGUCCUUUUGGACGGUAUGAUUUAGGCACAACCAUGGAAGAGGUUCCACCAUGGUACUCACCGGUGAUACCAAAACCAGCCUACCAGAACACCACGAGUGAGGCGUUUUGGGAUAUUCCCAUCUAUGCAGAGCACAACGAAGUUAGAGCAAAUCGGAUCGACGCGCGACUUGUCAACCACGAGAGGAAAGAAGUCUGCACAAUUGAAAUGAGCUGCCCAUGGAUUGAGAGUAGAGCUAAGAAAGACGAGGAAAAGACACUCAAGUAUGGGCCCAUGAUGUGGGAGCUGAAGCAGAGAUACAAUGGGUACAGGGUUGAACAGUACAACGUAAUAAUUGACGUACUGGGGGGUUACUCUAAACACCUAGAGAAGUCGGUGAGGAAGCUACUUGGAGCGAGAGCACGGAGCGUACUUGAGCGGAUGCAGAAGUCGGUCAUCUCAAACACUUUAAACAUUGCCAGAACAUUUAAGAUAAAUACUUAG